AUGGUCUUCCUGCUCACCAUUGCGACGCUCAUUCACCUUUCUUCUCAAUAUCCUUCAAAAGUGAUUAUUAAAUCGUUUACGACAUCCUCUGACGAAGCGAAUGUGGCAGUGCGUGCGCUGCAAUUUGCUGCUGAUGAGAUCAAUGCCGGCAAUGAGGUUCCGUUCAGACUCUCCUACGAUCACUACGAUGUGGAUCCAGGAUCUUCGGAGGGGUGGAACGUUGUGAAUACAGUUUGUCGAGAGUUGAAGGAAGGCGGAAUGACGCUGAUCAGCAUCGAUAGUGGACGUGGGAACGAGGCAAUGCGAGGUCUAGCCGACACCCUUGAAAUGCCACUGAUCUCGCUCACUGCACCACUCUAUCCGCAAGACCCUCCCAACUUCUUCGAAGUGUCAGUGCGACCAUCUCCAGCAGAACUUCUAGCUGAUUUCGUCAUUCACGAAGGAAUGCGAGAGCUCAUCUAG